AUGGUCGGUAGAGUAGCGGAGGGUGAGGGGAUGCGGAGGUGGGAAGGGGGAUCGACGAAAGUGAAAAUGCAGAUUCGUGGGAGCGCGGCAAUCCCUGUGGUGGUGGCAAGGCACAUCCCGGAUGUCUUGUCGUCCGCGCAACAUUCCCAUGCCCACGAGCUAGCCGUUGAAGAGUAUCAGGCCACCGCAGCAGAGAUGCUGCGACUCGGCUCGCCGCUGUCCACGUCAGUCAGCAGCCUGCGCAGCUCGUCCCCGUUGCGGCGAUCCGCUGUGCCGGGAUCGCCGAGUGUGCUCUCCAAGGCCAAGAGCGCGAGCGGCAAAGGCCGGCGCCGGUUCACGUGCUGGCGAUGCGUGGCGGCGGGGAUGCUGGGACUCGUCGCGUUGCUGGCCGCGGAGCAGUUUAGUAGCCGCAGCCUGUUCCUCGACUUUAGUACGCUCGACAAACUCGCCGAAAAGCCAUUGCAGCGCGCGGAAGGCGGCGGAGCGGAAGGCGGAAUGGCGCUGGGAGGAGACCCCCGUCUGCUGGAGGGGCGGGGAACGGGCGGAGCCUUGCGGAUGCGCCUACAGGAGCAGCGAGGCGGAUGGGGAAAUGGGGGGAUGGGCAUAGGGCAAGGAUUUGCCGGGGGAGGGAUGCAGGGAGGAUUUGGAGGGGUACAGAGUGGUGGAGAUUGGAAAGCGCGGAUGGCAACGCAGCAGCAAGGAGGGAUGAACUCGCAGGGAGGUCUAACGGGGGGAGCACAGGAUGGGAGACUGCUGGGCCUCUAUGGACCGUAUUCACAGCGCAGGGCACAGAUGUACGGCGCCCGCCGUCGCUUGCUCGCCCUGCCUCGCACCCUCACGGCUUGCCUCUCUCCACACAUCCUCGCCAACCUCUCCCUCCUCCUCACCGCCUCGCAACCCCUAAAAACACCCAGUGGUCCCUCCUUGGAGGCACCUGGUCAGGAUGAGGCAGCAGCCCGUGAUGGUAAUGUGGCAGUGAGCAGAGGCAUAGGUGGUGAGCACGGUCCUGGGAGAACGGCACAGGGGAUGGACGCGGGGAGAGUGGAAGGCCGUGGGAGGAUUAGAGAGAUGGAGGAGGGCGGGAGCAGGGAGAGUGGCGCCGUGGUAGCACUGGGCGCCCAUGGGCCGGCUAGGGCUACGUGGCGUGCAGGGCAGGGACCAGGGGCGAGAGAUAGGGGAGAGGAUGAUUCCUUGUUGGGACUCGGGGGAAUAAAGCUGAAGGAAAGGUUGUUGGGGCGGGUGGUUGGAGGGGCGGAAGGGGAAGAAGAGGAUUGGAUGGAGGUAGGGGCAGAUGGUGGGCGUGGGGAUGGGGAGGGCUUGGGGAUGGCAGGGGGAGGGCGGCGGUUACUGAAGGCAUCCCCGGUGGAUGUGCUGCAGGCCAAGCUGGUGACAGUGCAGAGCGAUAUUGAUGAUAUCAAGACCAAGAUUGAGAGUGUCAAGGCGAGUUUGGAGGAGAAGGCGCAGGCGAUGCAGAGAGUGAAGGACUUUCUCUACGACCAGGGCGACUGGGCUCCCAAGCUGCUCACUGAAAAGGCGAACAACCGAACUGUGAGCAUGUUGGAGCAGCAGUGCGUGCUGGCACUCAAGGAUAAGGCGGGCAACGCUGUCAAGCAGGCCAACAUGCCGCCACAACGCCCCACCUCCUGGAAGGGCUACUACUGCCAGGCGAGUCCAGCGGAGCUGGCCAAGUACCACGCGUACCGGCCGCACAGGCAGUGCCCAGACGACUGGUUCUUCGUGCAGGACCUGCUCUACGCCAAGGACUGCUUCCACCUCCCCAUCCGCAACUGCUUCGCCCGCGCCCCCACCAACCCCUCCGAGCCGCUGCCAUUCCCGCAGUCGCUGUUUGACCAUCGCGCACUCAAGGAUGAGAACGUGCGGUGGGGCAGCCACCACUGCAAGUCCUUUGCGUGUCUCAACGCGCGUGCACUGGGCGACUGUCGCAACUGCUUCAACCUCACGCUCGAGAGCUACCGCUGGCAGCGCGCCUACCGCGGCUCACACACCAUGGCUGACGUCAUCAAGCUCAAGCGAGGCGCGCUCAGGCUGGGUCUGGAUGCGGGGGGUGGGACGGGCAGCUUUGCAGCGCACAUGGCACGGUACAAUGUGACAGUGCUGACCACGGCCAUGAACAGCGAGACAGUCAACGGCAACUAUGGCGGGCUGCCCUACAUGGAGACCAUCGCGCUCAGAGGCCUCAUCCCCCUCUUCGUGCCCCACAAGGCGCGGCUGCCAUUCUACGACAACACGUUGGACAUCAUUCACAGUGUGAACAGCGUCAAGUACCUGCCCAUCCUGGACUUUGAAGAGCUCGUCUUCGAGUGGGACCGCGUGCUCAGACCAGGUGGCAUAGUGUGGUUUGAGAUGUUUUACGCGCCCGUGGACGAGAUGCCGCUGUACGUGGCCGUGAUAGACCUGCUGCGCUACCGCCGCCUCAAGUGGGGCUUCUCCCCCAAGCCCGAGUCCGGCGAGCGCAAGGGCUUCCACCUCUACCUCAACGCCGUCAUUGAGAAGCCCGCUCGCCCCGACCCAGGGAACGCUGCUGGAGCUGCUGCUGCUGUUGCUGCUGCUGGAACUGGUGGUGGUGGCCGCAAGUCCCUCUGGCACCUUUUCCGCGCGGCGCUCUUUCCGCCCAAAGGCCGUCCGCGCAAGGCUUCUCGUUUGCCAGCCCGCCCGACGUCCCCGCAUGCAACCGACAGCAGCGCUAGAGCUUCUCCUCCCCGCUGCGCCGCAGCGGGAGGCGCGGGGCGCGGCGCAGUCGGGGAUAGUGGCGGCGCGGCGGGCAACAUGGCGGCGGAGGUGCAGCUGGCGGUGGGCGGCAUGGCGUGCGCGGCGUGCGCGGCGUCCAUCGAGAAGGCGCUGAUGCGCAUCGACGGCGUGUCGCGCGCCGUCGUGUCCGUGGUGAACGGGCGCGCGCAAGUGACGUACAACAACAUGAAGACCAACGCGGACGACAUCGCGGCAGCGGUGGAGGAUGCGGGGUUCGACGUCACCGUUAUGGACGAUCCGCUCUCCGCUUCCGCCCUUCACCCCGUGGGGGGAGCGCGCCCCUGCCGCCUGCGCGUCCCCGACCUGCUGCUCGUCAGCUCCGCGGGCUCUCUGGAGGAAAUGUUACAGGGCCAUGCGGGCGUGUUAUCCGCGACCGUCUCGCUCUCCACGGCGGAGGCGCACGUCGUCCUCGAUUCCGCCGCGCUCUCCCCCGCCGAUCUCCUCGCCGCCGUGCACCACGCGGGCUUCCCCUCCGCGCAUCUCCUCGACGACUCCGCCGCUUCCGCCGACGCGCCCCAGGCGCACACUCUCCGCUACCGCCUGCACGGCCUCGCCGCCGCCGCCGCUGAUUCCGCGCUCCCCGCGCGAUCUUCCGCGCGCGCGGCACCGCUUCCGCUGCCUGCGCGCAUUGAGGCGGUGCUGUGCGCGCUGCCGGGAGUGUCGGCCGCCGCAGUGCGCGCGGAGAGCGAGACGGCCGCGGUGACGUUCGACCCCGACCGCACGGGCGCGCGCGACAUUCUCGAGGCGCUGCAGGCGGAAGUGGCGGGGGUGGGCGGGGUGACGAAGGUGGAGCUGGCGGAGAGCGAGGGAGGGGUCGGGGGGAGCGCGGGGGCGAAGGAGCGCGAGCGCGAGGUGCGGAAGCUGUGGCGGCAGUUCGUGUGGAGCCUGGUGUUCACGGUGCCUGUGUUCCUGCUCGCCAUGGUGCUCAACCACAUCCCGCCCUUCGACGCCUGGCUCAUGACUCCCGUCAUCAACUCGCUUCCCAUCGGCAUGUUGCUGCGCGGACUACUAACAGCGCCAGUGCAGUUUGUGGUGGGGUGGCGGUUCUACACGGGAGCAUUCUACGCACUACGGCGGCGAGCAGCCAACAUGGACGUGCUGGUGGCCAUCGGCACCAACGCCGCCUUCUUCUACUCCCUCUUCGCGCUCAUCGCCGCCGCCGCCACGCCCCUGCCCUCCCCCGCUUCCUCCCCCACCGCUGCUGCAGCCGCCGCUAUGACCGCCCCCAGUGCUGUUGCAGAUUCACAUGAUAGCAGCAGCGGUGCCGGUGCUGCAGUGGCGCAUGUGGCACGGAUGAUCAUGGAGGGUAUGAGCGGGGGCGGCGGCGGGGACGCAUCUGCAUCGGCAUCUGCUUCGGCAUACGCGGGGGUGGAUUUCUUUGAGACGAGCGCCAUGCUCAUCUCGUUCAUCGUGCUGGGCAAGUACCUGGAGGCCGUCGCCAGGGGCCGCACGAGUGAUGCCAUCGGCAAGCUGCUCAACCUCGCCCCCGCCACUGCUGUGCUGCUCUCCGUGGAAAGGGGCGUGCAGGGGGGCGCGGAGGAGAAAGCGGAGGGGAGCCCUGUGGGAGGAGGCGAGGGGAACGGGGAGGGGGAGGAAGAGCGGUUGAUGGGUGAGGAGGGGGAAGGGAUGCGCGUGGUGGGGGAGCGGGAGAUAGAAGCGGCGCUGAUUCAGCGCGGGGACAUCAUCCGCGUGGCGCCGGGUGGCAAGAUGCCGGUGGAUGGCGUGGUGGUGUGGGGACACACUUAUGCCAACGAGAGCAUGGUCACGGGGGAGGCCCGCCCCGUGCUCAAGGGCGUGGGCAGUGACGUCAUCGGUGGCACGCUCAACCUGAGCGGCAGUGUGCAUGUGCGCGCCACGCGUGUGGGCGGUGAGACGGCGCUGGCGCAGAUCGUGAAGCUGGUGGAGGCGGCACAGAUGGCGAAAGCUCCGAUUCAACGCGUGGCAGACCAGAUCUCAGCUGUCUUUGUGCCCACUGUGAGUACCCUGGCCGGUGUCGUGCUGCUGGCACUGGUGGUCUUCCUAGCAUGGCUCAUAACGGGCUAUCUUGGCACCUUCCCUGCCUCCUGGUUACCAACAGGCAUGACGCCGUUCGAGCUAGCGUUGCAGUUCGGCAUCGCAGUGCUGGUCAUCGCAUGCCCGUGCGCACUAGGCCUGGCCACACCCACAGCAGUCAUGGUGGCCACGGGGGUGGGCGCGCAGCAGGGCAUUCUCAUCAAGGGCGCCGAUGCACUCGAGCGCGCGCACAAGAUAGAGGCGGUGGUGUUUGACAAGACGGGCACGCUCACACAGGGCAAGCCCAGCGUCACCACCACGGCUCUCUUCACCUCACGCCUCGCCAUGCCUGACCUGCUCGCCCUGCUCGCUGCUGCUGAGGCCAACAGCGAGCACCCCGGCCGCCACGUGGCAGUGGGUAACCUGAAGCUGAUGCGAGAUCCCCCCACGGUCGACCCCUCAUCCGAGUCGUCCUCCUCCUCUCUCCCCAGGACCACACUGCUGCCCGUGCCACCUCGAGCGGAGCGGUGGUUGGAGGAGGUGCAGGCGGAGGCGCAGACAGGCAUCCUGGUGGCGUUGGACGGGCAGGUGGUGGCGGGCGUGGCGGUGGCAGACCCGGUGAAGCCUGAGGCAGCGCCCGUGGUGGCUCUGCUCAAGGCCAUGGGCAUGCACCCCGUGCUCGUCACCGGGGACAACUGGGGCGCCGCUAAAGCAGUCGCGCGCGCCGUGGGGAUAGCGGAGAGCGAUGUGGUGGCGGAGGCGGUGCCACAGCACAAGGCGGAGUAUGUGCGGCACAGGCAGGCGGAGGGGCAGCAGGUGGCCAUGGUGGGCGACGGGGUCAAUGACUCCCCCGCGCUCGUCGCAGCUGAUGUGGGCAUGGCUAUAGGCGCCGGUACAGAUAUCGCGAUAGAAGCAGCUGACGUGGUGCUCAUGCGCUCGUCCCUGGAGGAUGUGAUCACAGCCGUUGAUCUGGCACGCACGACGCUGAAUCGCAUUCGACUGAAUUAUGUGUGGGCGCUGGGGUAUAACGUGUUGGGCAUCCCCAUUGCUGCUGGGGUGCUUUACCCCACGCCCCUGCACUUCCGCCUGCCUCCCUGGAUUGCCGGUGCUGCCAUGGCCCUGUCGUCUGUCAGUGUGGUGUGCUCCUCCCUGCUCCUGCGCCGCUACAAACGGCCGGCUAAGCUAGAUCUCAUUGCACUGCAGUACCAACACGCCCACGUGUUGGGGUAUAACGUGUUGGGCAUCCCCAUCGCUGCUGGGGUACUCUACCCCACGCCCCUGCACUUCCGCCUGCCUCCCUGGAUCGCUGGUGCUGCCAUGGCCCUGUCAUCCGUCAGUGUGGUGUGCUCCUCCCUGCUCCUGCGCCGUUACAAGCGCCCCGCUAAGCUCGACCUCAUCGCAUUGCAGGUGCAGGGCUGA